GGUAUAAUGGGCGUGUUUCUUUUCACCAACAUGUCGGCAUAGGAGUUUCUAUUAAAACUUUACUGCAAAUAUCUGGAAAUUCGGGUGUAUAGUGUUCAGCAGUUGGAUGACUAUGGUUUCUGAACGAAGCUUAAACAUAGUAAACCGUUUAGUGAGUGGUCCAUUUUGUAAGUUUAAUGUUUUCGUGAUAUUUAUCAGUCUAAAGUUCUCGGUUUCUGGCUGUGAAGGAAUCAGCCCGGAGAGAUGUCUCAUUUGGGGUCCAGGGCUGAACCCCGACACAAUUUUGCCGGUCCGGUAUUUCUUUAUUCAGGCGGUCAGUUCAAAGGGAGAAAACCUGACACUGUCUCCAGGUAAACUGACAACAAGUAUUGUCUGAUUUUUGAGAGUCAUUUUGUGCAACUCGGUAUCAAUGAAACGCCAGAGCGUAUUUUUUUCCGAGUAGCGUUCGUAAGCUAACGGAGAAGGUGAGCCGACUAUUGUUAUCUGUGAAGAUAAUCCUUUACAGAUAAUACCAGUCUAAUGGGAAACCGUUUAUAAAAAGACGGGACUUGACACAUUACAUAAUAACUUGUUCGUGUUUUUACUAACAAUAUGUGAAAUAACAUUGAAAACCUAUUACUUGUGUGUCACUUAACAAACCGAACCUGAAUCUGAAAAGGUGUGGGGAUGACAUUGUCUGGCGUUUGUGUAUUAGGACUAGACAUGUGACAUCUGUAAACUCUGAAACAAGGUCCAGUCAUUUUUCAGGAAACUAUGAUACACUGUGCAUUGCUUUUAAGGUAAAGACACAUUCAAGGUGAAGAUAAGUCCACUAGACAAGAAGGAGCACAUUCGGAUCCAUGUCCCUCCACCUAUGGACAGAGGAGAUGGGUCCUUCCUGGCCAGGUAUAGGCUCUAUGGCACUGUGCACAAAGGCCUCAAAAUUGAAGUCCUCUACCAAGAUGCUGCUGUUGCCAAGUCACCCUUCACCCUCCAAGGUAUGUGUCAAAAACAUGCACCUGUAAACUAGAAUUUUGGUUUGUAUGUUUUGUUUCACUGAAGCUCUUUAAAAGCACGAACUUGGCAGGGGUUUUAAUGUGUAACACUCAUGAGCUCCAUUCUCACACUCAAAGUGGCUGUGUUGCCAAAAAUAUGACACAAGUGUUAACAUUAACUCAAAACCACCUUGUGCCUGUGGCAGUAUUCCUUAUUCACAUGCAAUAUGAAUCUGCUCUGCCCUGAAAUUUUAGACAAAUUGAACAAGACUCUAACACCUUGCCUUGUACAUCUAAAGAUGUUUAUAAGUAAAAUGCUUUACCAAGUAGACCAAGUGCUGUGGGGUUUUUGUAGAGUUUAAAAAAGGGGCAGGAGUAAAAUGUGUUCCAGGAUAAAUGCAACAAAUGUCAUCCUGUUUUAAGUUUUCUCUGCCUUCUCCUCUUUAAGGGAUAUUCUGGUGUAAAAUUAAGUUAUGGUCAAACACACCGUAACACUGAGUUAGACACCCCCUCGAGAGAUAAUUGUUGCCAACCACUAGCUUCUCUAGUUAUACCAACUUUAGUAGCAAUACACAGCGGUCUACAUCUCCACACACAAACCUGAACCAAAAAGCCACUCUAUAGCCACAAAUAAUGCUCAGAACAGCACCUAACUUCAUCAACAGAACAUUUAGGGUCCAAGCCAUAGUACUAGCCUCCAAUCAUCUUUUUAGCUUUGCCUGAUUUUUUUAGCAAAGAGACUAAACACAACUUACCCACUCUCCUCCAGCAGCCGCUUUGUGGCUAUAGAGUGGCUUUUUGGUUCAGGUUUGUGUGACCUGGACUGCUGUGUAACUUGGUGUUAUGAUGUGUUUGACCAUAACUUAAAUUUAUGCCGGAAUAUCCCUUUAACUUGUUGUUGAAUUGUUACCUCUCAGGUCCAAUCUAUCAUGAAUACUGUGACUGCCCAGAACAUGAUACAUCCAUCUGGCAGAGCAUCAUGCAGUGUCCUUCAGAGGAACCGCAGGUCCUGGCAGAUUUCAAAUCUUUUCCAACAAUCGACCUGCAGCAUCUCAGACAAGAAGUGCCUCAAAGGUUCACCAACAGAGGUGGUCUCAUUCACUACACCAUCAUCAACAACAAGCUGUACCGCCGCACUCUGGGAAAGUACACUGACUUUAAGAUGUUCUCUGAUGAAAUGCUGCUCUCUCUAAUGAGAAAAGUAAGGUUUUGAAGAUAUGUAUUUUUGGUACAUCAUUGGUUUUAUUGUGAAGAGACUGCAUGGGAAUCACAAAAUUGCUAAUUGCAGUACUAUUCAUUUACCAUGUUACUGUUGAAGGUGAGGCUGCCGGAUGUGGAGUUUUAUAUCAAUGUAGGCGACUGGCCAUUGGAGACGAGAAAGACGGAUGCUGUUCCAGUCUUGUCAUGGUGUGGCUCUACAGACACACGUGAUAUUGUCCUCCCCACAUAUGAGGUCACGCACUCAACCCUGGAGACCAUGAGAGGAGUCACCAUAGACCUGCUGUCCGUUCAGGGAAACACAGGUGACACACAUGUACAAAUAUCUUAGAACCAGUUCAGGAUUUAUUACAUCUACAGUCAACUACACAUCUUUAUAUCUUGGUCAAACAACACAAUCCAAAACUGGAACUGAAAAAAUGUCUACAUCUUUUCUAGUGUUGGAUAGAAACUAAGAUGUAGGACAGCUUUUUAGGUCACUAUUCUCUUGGUCCAAAUUUUAUUUGUGCUCAUCAGAGGUUAGCAGGAAAAUUUCUGCAAUUUUUAAUGCUCAAUACUGUGCUGCAAUUGUUAGACAGAGAAGCAGUUUACCUUAUUGCUUAUCGGGAAAACAGGAGUCGUUGAGACAAAUUUGCAAAAUCAUGAUGGAAAAAAAAGACAGAAUCAUUUCAGAUAUCGAACUUUGUGUUACAUUGUGAAAUAAUAAAGAGUGGUCAAACUGGAACAUCAGUGUCUGUUUCAGCCAAUGAGCUGAUAUCUGAUUAAAACAGUGUAAAGACAACAAAUGAAAUAUUAAAAAUGAAGUUUUAAAGUUUGAAAAACCUACAGCACUUUUUAAUUGAAGUAUAGCAACAGGUUUUUAGAAAUUUAGGACAGGGGCAUUGUCAUAAGAUUCAGAACCCUGAAUCUUGAACCUUGAUGCAACAAUUCUUAUUUAAACAAAUACUUGGGGAAGUGGGGAAACCAGUUGUAGGGGUUUUUAGAGUCUACUUCCUUCUACUUUGUGCAAGAGUGUGUAGGCAGAUAGCUGAACAGUUUCAGAAUAAUGUUUCCAACUUGAGUAGGUUAUCGUUUACAGUGCAUAAUAGCAUUUAAAGAUUCAUCAAGUCAGGAGUAAUCUCUGCACAAAGACCUUCCAGCCUUUGAGGGGCAGUGCUCAGAAUUACCUCCAGAAACCACUGUCUGUGAACACAGUUUGUUGCUAAACCCACAAAUACAUGUUAAGAGUGUACCCUGUAAAGAGGAAACCAUAUAUCAAUGUUACCUAGAAACAAGUGUCUUCUCUGGGUCUGAGCUCAUUUAAGGUGCACUGAAAAACUGUCCUGUGGUUUGACAGAUGAAAAUUUGACGUUCUUUUUGGAGAUUAUAGAUGCUGUCCAAAGAGAAGAAGAACUUCAUUGAUCCCUGAAGGAAAAUUCAACAAAUAGAAAGAGACCAAUCGAAAGUUAUUGUUGACGAUUGAAUCUGGUGUCACCAGGAUCUGAAAAUACAGCUUCAAAAUUAAAUCAAAGCUUUACAACAGCUUUUUUUAUGGGUAAACAUUUGGGUGGUUUUAUUUUUCCAGGGCCUCAGUGGAAUAACAAAACCGAUCAGGCUUUUUUCCGUGGCCGUGACAGUCGAGAAGAACGCCUUUACUUGGCCUCUUUGUCCAAAGAAAACCCUGAACUGCUGGAUGCAGGAAUCACAGGAUGGUUCUUCUUCAGGGACAGGGAGAAGCAUGUAGGCAAAGCACCACUCGUUGGGUUCUUUGACUUUUUUAAGGUAAAUGAGCACAAAAUUAUGAUACUCACCUUUGUCAUAAAGUUCAAUUAGAGAAGUAUCUCGUGUAGCAGGUGCUUUUCUGUCUUUUUUUCAUGUCAUUUUAACUCAUUUUUUUUGGUGAAAGUAUAUUUAUGGUCACUGUAGAAAAAAACUGAACCAACUAAAAAAAAUAUUAUGCAUACUUUUAAAAGCUUAAAAGGUUUACCUCUGUAUCUUGUCUCUUAGUUCAAGUAUCAGGUGAACGUGGAUGGAACAGUGGCGGCAUAUCGCUUCCCUUACCUGAUGCUUGGGAACAGUCUGGUUCUGAAGCAGGACUCUCAGUAUUAUGAAUAUUUCUACACUCAUCUAAAAGCAGGCACUCACUACAUUCCUGUGAAGAGAAACUUGUCUGACCUUCUGGAAAAAAUCAAAUGGGCCAAGGAGAAUGACGCUGAAGCUCAAAAGAUCGCCAGAGCAGGUCAACAAGUAGCCAGAGAGCUGUUGCAGCCCAGCAGACUCUACUGUUACUACUACAGAGUGCUGCUCAUGUACUCAGAGCGACAAGUGGGACAGCCAAUACGGCAUGAGGACAUGGAGAUGGUGGCUCAGCCAGAUGACAAUACUGCAGUGUGUACAUGUGAGCGAAAUAACCACAAAGACACCGACAUGAAGGAUGAACUAUGAUAGACCCUCUCUGAGCUUUAAAUGCUGUGAUUUUUUUCUCUGAACCAUUCCUGCCAUAUAAAGAUUGACAGUCGUUCAUGUUCUUGAUAUUGCCUUCAAAGUCUUAUGUGCUUGUUUGUAUUUUAUACUCUGUUUUAUAAUUUGUUUGUACCUUUUGUAAAGCCCUGUUUAGUAGUGCAAAUACAGAGGAUAUGUUCUGUGCCUUUAUACUGGGUACCUGGAUGUUUGUGUUUGGUGUCAAAGUAAAAUAAAUCCAUUACAUCUUAAAAAAUCUGAUUUUUAGGUUCAGCUUUUUUGAAAUUGGUAGAACUGCCCUAUCCUUUAUGCCAGUAAAUCAAAGUACAGGCAGUGACUGUUAUAGAGUUGCCAAAGAAGCUUUUUGUUAUUUUGCCAUCUGUUAAAAGAACUAAAUACUUCCGUAAACAACUCCUCCAUUGCCUUGUUUAUUGGGUUAGCAUGACUGGUCUUGCUAGGUCCUCUGUUUUUAUGACCCCACCCAGCUUUGUUUUUUAAUAGGUUGGGCUGAUAUGGAUGAAGGUGAGCUACAUCACAGUGUUUGUUGUGUUGACAGACUAUUCUAUUUGCAUUCAAACAAAUCAUCUCAGUUUGAAUGCUGUUGAUAUAUAUAUAUUUUUAGCCCCUAAGUAACCUAUGUCACAAAUAUCAACACAACUUAAAGUUGAAGUAAAAAAAAAAACAAGCCAAGAAAAUUUGCCACAAUAAAAGAAGUUCCACAUGUAUUUUAUUUAGCCAGUGUGGUUCAAUGUUAAAACAUCACCUCAAUUCAACUCAUAACUAUGAGUAGUCAAACAUUAGAUCGUAGAUCACAAAACUUUGGCUCUUUCCCUAGUCAUUAAUUUUCUUCUGUCUAUUGUUUCCUUUUAUGUUUCCAAAAACAAAAAGUAGUAAAAAUCAAAUCUACUUAUGUUGUUGAGAUUUUAACUGACCUUUUGAUUUUUGUUAAGUUAUUCCUUGUGCUUUUUUAAUAUUGUUUAUGAAAGGACUAAUAUUUAGUCCUUUCAUUAUAGUUUAGUCCUUAGAGCAGAAAAUAGAUUGACUAAUAACAAUCGUGACAUUGUAAGUAUUAAAUCAAGUCAUAAAGGUUUGGAACCACUUUCAGUAAUUGAACCCUAAAGACAAACUCAGAUCAAACCAUUGCCAGUGUUUGGAGCUACACCUGCUUUAAAAGUUGGCUUUUUCCAUUUGACACAUACUGAUAUGCUCAUACAUUGAUUAAAGCUGGCUCACUUCCUCACAGUCAUGACUCACUAAGACAAGUCAAAAAGUACAUUAGCAGAUCAUUGAAGCUACAAAAUUUGCACAAAAAGUAAGGACAUUUGUGUUAAAGAAUUUCUUGCUGUAAAAAUGCUUAUUUGUAAUAAAUCUUAUCCUGUUUGAAAGUCUGUUUAUUUCCCCGAUAAAUGGCGCCACAUUUCUAAGGAACAUUUAUUUGUGGGGUGAGCAGCAGAGCCUAGAAUGUGGAUUGUGCCCAUUCAAAAAUUUCCCACAUCUUUUCUGCCAAUACCAAACAUCUUUUCUGUGAUUGAAUCUUGUUUGUUUUUUAGCGGAUUGGAUAUUUGAAGUCUGACCAAACAAGACACACUGGAAAUUUAACAAUCUAUUCGUUGAACAAACAGGGGCCCUAGUAGCGUUGAGAUGAACUAUGUCAAAUCAAAUUUUAUUCUUAUAGUGCCAAAUCACAACAGUCAUUAUCCUAAGUUGCUUUAAAAAAAAAAAAAGGUCUAGACCACACUCAUUGUUUGAUAAAUUACCAAGACCCAACCUUAAGAUGGGACAGAUUUGACCCAUCUCAUCUGACAACCACAGCUAUAGCAGCAUGGCACCUUCUCCUCAUGCUGGUCACCAGCCUGGUUGCCCACUGCUGUGGGAUGGCAUCCUGUUCUUCAAUGGGAGGGCCUACGGUCCUAAGUGCUGACAGGAUGAAGAAACAGUCCUCUUGAGGUGACCUGUCUCUGACAUUCCCCGCUGUAUAGAGCUCAGCCUUGGUUUGGAAGUGCACUGGCGCUCACUACAAAUGUUGCUGUAACUUGGUUUUGUGGAGUUGCCCAAUCAAGCACCUUACUUUCAGCACCAGAGGUACCAGAAGCUCAUACAAGAGUCCAUAGCAACAGCAAAAUAAGCUUUUUGGCAUUGGCAGCGAGGAUGUGGCAAAUUUUUCAUGGGGCACAUACCACAUGCUGAGCUCUGCUGCUGCUCACCCCUCCCCCAAAGGUGUGUUCCUUACAAAUGUGCCACCAUUUGAAAGGGAAAUAAACAGGCUUUCCAACAGUAUAAGACUGAUUGUCGAGAGGCAUUGCUACAACACAGAAAUAAUCUAUUCAACAUAAAUUUCCUUACUUUCUGUGCUGUGUUUAGACGGAUAGAGGUUAUAUACAGUAUAAAGGUAUUUUUUGAGUUGAUUAGAAGGAUGAAGACACAUGGUUUUGGUAUUGGUUCCUGACAAAAAAACAAAAAAAAUCAUUGGAUAGUACGAGUAACAGGAUAGCCACAUUUUUUAGUAAAAAACAAAUGAAAAUACAUUAAACAAAUAAACAAUGUCAUUUAGGCAAACAAACAUCGUAGUAGAAGCUAGCCAUCUUUCCAGUCAAGAGUUAAAAGUCAUCAUUACAACAUUUUUGGAGAAAUCGAUCAACUGAUGUAGUUUCAUUGUAGCCUUUAAAGCUUUUACAUAUACGUAUACGUUAAGUGCAGCAUGUUCUGUCUUGUUUUUCAGGUUUGCUGUGUAAGCUUUAAGAAACAGGACUCUAAUGUAAACAUCAGAGACAUGAACUAACUAGCUGAAAGUUGCAGGAUGUAUCAUCACCAAAUGGUACAGGAUGUAGAAAAAAUACUUGAUUUUCUCUCACGGCCCUGGACAAUCUUUAAAAAAGCUACAUUAACAGACCCUGAAAUCACUUAAUAACUUUAAGAGUAUUACAAAGAAGGUUGUGACAGAGGCUGGUGGUUUUUUUUCCUAAGAGGCCAGAUUGUAUUUGAAAUGCUCUCAGAAUUAACAUUGUGUUGUGUUUUGUUUCUGUUGUUUUUUAAUGUUCCUGUUUUGCACGGCCACACCUUCAGCCUCUUGAAACAGAGAUGUUUAAUUUAAAUGGGACCACCGGGUGAAACAAAAGUGAAAAAACAUGGUUACACUCAACAUCUUGGUAGUUCUGGAGGUAGUUUCUCAAGAGAAAUAUUGAUGGCCCAGACAUUUCUACCACCAUAAAGUUUAUGACUGCCUCACUGAGUGUUGUUAUAAGCCAUUAAAUCUUAUGGGUCUCUUUAGUUUAGCUGAAUUUAAUCAUAAGAGUGAGAGGGUCCCCCUCCCUCUUGGUGACAAUAGCCUGCAUCAUUCCUGUAGGUGUGUGAAGGUACCUUGAGCCUUUGAAGAAGUUCUCAAUUAAACCUUUGUCAAUCUUGUUGCACUUCCCAAUGGCUGCCUCAAAGUUAUUGCUGAGGACACCGUAGAUAUUUCCCCUGUCAUUUUUCUUCCCCAUGAACAAGAAGAGGGCGUAGCAGUCCUUGCCAAUGGAGGCGCAGAAGUCCACCAUCCUCUCACACAUGGUCCUGUUGCUGGACUCUUUCUGGGCCAUCAGGAGCGACUCACUGCAGUUAUCCACGGGGAUGACAUUCUCCUCACUGUCCUCUCUCUCAGGCAGGUGUAGGACCUGCACAGCAAUCUGGAUUCGAGGGUUCUUGGUGGGCUUUUCCAGCAGCGCCCAGACCCAGUCUGCCCCAAGGAGGAUACGCUGCUCAGGCGUCAUUGCAGUGCAGUUGAAAGUGUCUGUCAAGUUCAGGCAAACACUCUGGGUAAUGUAGGUCAUCAGGAAGACCUAUUGGAGGAGCCAAGGUUGAAAAAUCACUUUACAGAAAUCCGAAAGGAGUGCUGUAUUUAUUUUUUUGAUGGUACAAAGUAACCUACCUGAGAGAAUACCUCCGGGCUUGGGUGGAACUUUUCCUCUGGGUCUUUGAAGAGGAGGUACUCUUGCGUUCUGGAUGAGGCAGCAGAGAUGCAGUCGUUGAACAGAGGAAUAAAAUCGUUGGGUUUGGGGACAGGGGCUCUUCUUAAUGUGGAGAAGAUGCUCGGUCGAGAUGAUAAGUUAUGAUCAUUGGUGGGUUGGCUUUGGGGGCUGCGCUUAAAGGAAAAGCGGUUAGGAACAUGUUUGCGGAUGGUCUGGCCCAUGGUGGAUGGAUGUUUAAGAUGGUCGAGGUCAGAGGUUGGUCUCCCUUAUACACUUGAAAAACACACAACUUUGAUGUUAGAUCACACAUCAUUACCUGAAUGCAUCAGCCAGUGUUUGGUUUGUUAAGCAAGAGUAACUCUGCUUCUGUCCAUUCAUUGAUAACGUAGGUUAUUCCUGCAUUAAGUACAUACUGGCUCUUGCUUUUUCAACUUCUGCGCUCAAACAGAAACAAAAAAUGGUCUAAUGUUUAAAAACACACAUUAAAAAUGCUUCCAGAUACUCACCAGGAUGGGUCUAGAUGUUUCUGUAGUUCCAAGUCCACAACCUGCCCUCUGCUCCUGUCUCCUGCCCUGCUGAGAUACAGAGUGUGUGUAUUCCUGCAGAGUAUGUAAAACCCAGUCUACUGGUCUGUACAGAACCUACAGCAGCAUAAAGGUUUUCUAUCCCAAGUUUGGAGGGGGAGUUUCUCCUGACACGGUCAGCAUGGGUGGGGUGUUUGUAACUUGUCGAGUUUUAGGUAAGUCAACAAAAGACUCAUCUUACCAGUUAACAGGUAGCAGCAGCUUGGGGACCAGGGUAAGCUUGAAGGGUUUGAUGAGUAAACAAAAUGUUAAACUGACUCCUUCGAGGAGGAAGAAGCACAAACGAGGACAUGAAGACUGGGUCAGGAGUUUUUAGUCUGGAGCUCUUCUAAGGUUACAAAGAUGAUGAGAGUGGAGUUUUGGUUUGUAAAAGCUGUACUUUUUCAUGUAGGCUGUGGGUUAAUGAUGACUGCAUAAUUAGGAGAUACAUAAGUGUCAAUAUUGAGAAUCCAAACUGACCAGUUGCACAUCAGUUUUAUGUAAAGUAGUCCAGCUGCAGGAUCUUUCAGUGUCACUUGGUUUACAAAAGCCUGCGUAAAACACGAACACUGUGUAUGUGCUUAAAUUAGACUGAGGUUACCUCCUCCAUCCCUUCACUAAAGCUCAAGUUUACGUCUCAGUGUCUUUAACUCGUCAGUCAAACAUUAUGACAAUGCUACAUUAACUUUCUGUUGUUGUUGUUGUUUGUGCUGUUAUAUCCAUAUUUGGUGGAUCAAAGUUUGAGAUUUUAUUUCCUUUCUAAGCGGACAGAUGAGCUGCAUCAACAACAACAGGGCUGUGGUACUGCAGGUACAGAACAAGAGGGACUCAGGGUCAAAUAAACAUGAAUAUAACGCAUUUCCAGAUGAAUAUGUCUGUGAUCACUGAAAUGAGAGCACAACCAUACCAGUUUCAUUUUCAGCUCAUUCAGAGGGUAAUAAAUAAAUAAACACACAACAAAUAUACACCCAUGUGAAAAAUGGUUUAAGCAGCCUUGACUUUUCUUGGGUUCAGUUGAACAAGUCAAGAAAACACAUUGGCAUGUUGUCCUGACUUAAAACUUAUAUUAUGAUAUUAUUGCAAUCAAACAUUCCUCCUCUACCUAUCCAGACCCAGUCAACACAGAUUAACAUCCAGUGGAGUCCCAUGUACCUGUAAUACAAUCCGCUAUGUUUACUAGGUGGUCACUUACAUGUAUCUGCUGCCACUAGGUUCUGGGGAGGGUGGUUCAAGUAGGUCUGUCACAGCUUUUUCACCAAAUAAACAAACAAACAAAAAUUUUGCUGCUUGAUCAGGAUUGACAUGAGAUAAGACAGUCCCAGGAAUAAAAAAAUGAAAAGUUAAAAAAAAAGGAAAGCCAAAGCAUAAAAUGCAGCAGAACAUGGUACUUCUGAGAACAUGUAUUUUCUUCCCUAAUAGUAUAUAUAUUGUGACAAAUAUGCAUGAUUGGUGAACCAUUUGACAGUUUGAAAUAUCUGCUAUAGGGUAAACGAAACAAAGGUAAAACUGCAUCUAAAUAACUGUAUACACUGUAUUACUGGUAUCUUGCUUCAUUUCCGUUCACGCUUGAAUGCAGUCAUAUCAUCAUCACCAUCUGUGUCAGAGGAAGUCUGGUUAUUCUCUUCCGUCCUCUAUUUUGCAAGUCUGCACUCUUCAGAGUUGUUUUGGUGGAGUGUUUGACUGAACAGAUCAUCUCUACUAAUUUUUCUCAAAUGAAAUAAUCCAAUUCUUCUUUUGCAAGUAUCAUGGGAAAGUUUUUGCCCCACCCAGCCUCAGUGUCUCCAUUGAGGGCCUCUGAUAGAACUGCUCUGACAAAACAAAAAGCACACACUUUGUUUUAUUCAUAUUUAUUGCCAGUAAAGUGUGUCUUAAUUCAAAAUGAUGACACUUAAAAAUUUGGCUCAACAAUAUUUUCAUUAUGUAAUAUGGUCUCUCGCGAUCACUUUAAAUUGUAUAGUCAUAGAAGGUCAUAAAAAAGGAGAUAAUGCUGUCUGCUGUACAUCAUGUGAAUACGACAGAAGAAGUGACGGCUAAUGUGGUCCUAUUUUUCCAACCAACAUACCCACACAGAGUAUACAGUACAGUACACAUUGGUCAGUACUAACAUUAGAGGAAGCAUUGCAUAGAAAACAGGAGGUAAAAAAAAUAAUAAAAAAUCCUCAAAUGGCUUUAAGGAAGUUCAGUUUAUUAUGAGAGAAAGUUUGGAGAAUAAUUUCAAGUAAGUCUUGAUUGCUUUCCACAUAAGUCCCUUUGUGUUUCUUUGUCCACUCUGUAGUUUUAUGUAGUUGUUACAUGAGGUAUCAGCGGCUGGUAGAAGAGGAUGUGUCAGCUUCUGGUCGCAGUGUUAGGCCGGAGUUUGAGGUACAGUACAGGGUCAGACUGCCUGACAGCAUUAGUGAGUGAGAAGUGCCGGUUCAUUGUUCUUCAGAUUAAUGUAGUUUGAGACCGUCUCAUCUCCCUCCGCAGCUCAUCUCGGCCGAGCAGAUACUGGAAGCAAAGCAUCAUGGGAAUAGUUAUGGGUUACAGAGCUUGGGAGUUGGUGUCUGCCAUUGAGCUGGGACCAGUUAGAAAAGAAAAUUAGCACCAUUAUAUUUGGCAAAACAGAACAAAUAAGACUUAUGGAUUAUGGAGGCCAGAUUUGAGUUGAGGAUUUUUGGUCAAUAUGAUUCUUUAGGAGAAAUAAUCAGAGAAGGUGUCCAGUUUUUCAACAAAUUAUUAUUUUAUUGUUACAAACUACACCAAUUAUAAAUUCAAAUGAAUUUAGAGUCAUCCCAGAUCAGCGCAUAAUCCAUUUCACCCCAGACUCCAGCAUUAGCAGGCCUUAAAAUAGUAGGUUGUUUGAGUGAUCAUUGUACAAAGGCAGCAUGUAGAGCCAACACAACAUACAAAUAAAGUACAUUUACCCAAUUUAAGAAUGUUCAACUGUAUCUCUGUAUUUGCUUUAUUCUCCUGCAGUUAUUGUGGACGUUUCAUGUGUAACAAUAUCUAAUAUCUAUUCUUGCUGCAGCAUCAGUGACAACAUUUGAUGCAGUGGUUGCCUCUACCUUUGCUUGCUACUCAAACAAGCCACAAGAUCUAAAGUGGUACCUUGAAAUAUGACCACAGAGCAUGUUACGGAUGUUUAACUGACCCAGAUAAUCAACUCUACAUACCAGUAUUAUUGCUGCAAAUGCAGAGCCAUAGAAGAGGCUGCCUGAGCACGUUGCAUGAUAGGGCUGCACGAUUAAUCGAUUUAUAAUCGUAAUCAGAUUAUUUAAUUAUGGCGAUGUUAAGAAAAUUAAAAUCAAAUUGAUUUUCCUCUCUAUCGUGUCUUGCGCCUCCAGGCCAUCGUAGGCUCCCCCUUUCUGUGAGAGCGCUCCCCAGUUCCCAUACACACCAGUGUAAACAAAUAUGGCGUUUGCACAAGAAGGCAAUAUUUUCGUGGCUAAAUAGGGCAAGAGCAAGUCAGUCAUGUGGAAUUGUUAUGGCUUUGCAGUUUUGGAUGAAGAGCAAACCACUCCCUGCUGCAAAGUCUGUCUGAAGGCGGUAUCAACCCGUCCACACGGAAACAAAUUCAGGAGUAAAUGCAAAAGCUUUUUGUCAUAUCAGCGUUUCAUCGACACAGUAAAAGCGUUUUGAGUGGCUGUAAACAGUAUUUGUUUGAAAAUGGGUCAGAGGGUGCAUAAAUCCGUUCAUCCAUUUCAUCUCUGUGUGGAUGCCUUUCUGCAUCUUUCUUGAAAAAAAUUUGUGACACACAGCUUAUCUCUUUUAUGGCGCCUGCGCGUGUCUGGCCAAAACAACUUUUGUAUGCAGGUUUUGUACUCUUCUUCUGUCUUUUGUGCAUUUUCUGUGCAGUGUGACAGUGCCACUUACUGGCUUGGCAUACGCACUACAUUGUUUUCAGUGGUUUCGUUUUGAGAGAUGAUAGAAAAACUUCAAUUUGUUUUAAAGUGAAAUUUGGUGAAGUUGUCACUAAAUAAAAAGUCGAAAUUGAAAUCUAAGAUGGAGUUAUCAGAGAAAAAAAAUCAGGAUUUUAUUUUUGGCCAAAUUCGUGCAGCCCUAUUGUAUGGUAUAUGUCUGCUUCAUGAUUUUAUUAAUUACAUUUAAUUUCAUUCACCAUUGUAGACACUGCUUACUGUAAAAGUGCCUUAAUUUCUGAGUGGUAAAACUACUCAAGAUGUGCUUGUUCUUUCUAACAAAAGUAUAAAAUAUGAUAAAGUAAACAUUCUUUCAAAUGUAUAUGCAACACUUAAUCUAUAAUUUGCAGCUUAUAUUUCAGCACAAAGAGAAAAAAACAAGAGGAGACAUGUUCAGAGCCUGACCAGAUCUACUAGCCUGUCUGGCACUUGGCAUAUUCUCCUUAUUAUUCACUGUUUUGGCUGCACCAGAUAGAAAUGGAUAAAACAUGAAUACGAGAACUUUAAAAGGGCUUUCCUUAGUGUGCAAACCCAGUUCUUGUCUUUAUUCUGAUGCUUUGCUUGAUGCUGCUGGCUCCAGUUCAUUAUUUGACCUCAUAAUUGUGAUAGUAGAGUUAUUAAUGCCCACAGCAACCCUAAUUGAUACCAUGUCAGUUAAAUUUUUGCUUCAACAAAAUGACACUUUUGAUAAAAUGAUAAACAAUAGUGUGAAUUUAUGAUGGUGAAUGUUUCCCUAAUACUCAAAUGAUACAGUUAUCUCCACAAUAGAUAAUCAUUUGAGUUGUUGCUGGCAGACAUCAAAAAAGUGGUUUGUAGAGUCUCUUAUCCAAAGCCUUAGGGCCAGACUCUCACAUGACUAUCAGUCAGGAGUCAAAGAACCAAAACUGGCAUCUGACUAGUUGAAGCACUUCAUGACACAUAGCAGAGCAGGUUUCUGUCCACCAAUCACGAUAAAGCUUCUUAUUUUUGCAGAGAUCUGUAGUGUUUCAGUGAUUCUUACCCUCUCAAAUACUGUCUGAAGCUUCCCAACUGACUGACUGACUGUCUCAAACUUUUGUUACAAGCCAUGAGGAGCAGUUAUAUUUGGUAGGCCAAUAGCUGC